AUGUCAGAUUCAAGCAGCAGUGACAUAGAAGAACUUGGUAUCAAUCUUCAAGAAUUUAGAAUGAAAAGACAGGUAAGAUUUGGCUCUCGAAAAACUAUUACAUCGACAAAAAAAGAUAUAGAUCUUUUAGAUACACCACCCGAAUUAGAUUAUUAUAAUUUACUUAAUAAAGGAAUUGCAAUAUUAAAAAAAGAUAAAGAGAACGGUGAAACUAAUAAGCUUAAGUUACCGUUAGAUGUAAAAAAAGAAGGCAGAAAGACUAAAGUUAAUAUCCGUGAAAUUGCGGAGAUACUUGAUAGAGAUGAAGAACACUUAGUAAAGUUUACAAAAAAUGAGCUUGUUACAGAUGGAUCUGUAAAAGAAGAUGGAUAUUUAUGGCUUAAAGGAAUCUAUUUAAAAACUGAUCUUCAAGAAGUUUUGAGAAAAUUUAUCGAAAAUUUUGUUGUCUGUUCUAUUUGUGACAGCGUAGAAGAUACAUCUAUUAUAAAAGACAAAAGACUGUACUAUUUAAAGUGUGACAAAUGUGGUGGUCGUCGAUGUGUUGGAAAUAUUACAGAAGGUCUAAGUAAAAAAAGCAAUACUAAACCAAAACUAAGAGGAAUAAUAUAA